UAUCGAUAAACCUAUGGUACGCAUACCAUCGAUAAAUGAGAACCCGGUUUCCAGAUUAAAUAAGAUUGAUCCCGUUUGUCCGGUCCGACUGCCGAACCAAUUUAUUUAUCCCUUUGAACCCGAACCACCACAGCGUGUUCGUGAGCUUCGUGACCAUCUGCAGGCGAUCCAUUACGUUCAAGGUAGAAUAUCUCCCGGAUUCUUCGGAGCAAAGUUUUGAAAAGUUCUUCAGCACUUAAUAAUGGCUACAAAUCCCAAUCCUUUAUCGUUGCCACCCGAAGUUCUCGACCAGAUCAUAGAUUAUAACUACGACGACAUUCCUACCCUCCGAUCCUGUGCCCUGGCUUGUCGCUUAUUUCUACCCUCUUGCCGGGUGCACCUCUUCUCAGAAGUGGUUCUUGUGCACAACGACAUCAUUAAUCUCGGACCUCAAGGCUAUGAUAUCCACGGAAGGCUGUACUCUUGCGAGAACUUCUUACAGCUUCUCGAGGAAGCGCCAUGGGUUGCGGCUCUUGUAAAGGUGCUUGAACUUCAUGGCGGGUACGGAAGAAGUCUGCUCACUGAGCGCAUCUAUAUGGACAUCUACCUCCCUUCCAUCCUCUCGCCCUCCAAGCUCUCGAAGCUGAAUCACCUCAGUCUUACGUUCCAUCCUCCAGUGAAGUGGGCCCAACUGUCUCAGAAACUUCAGGAUGCAGUGGAAGAGACGCUAUCGCGACCGACGCUAACCCAGCUAGAUCUAGUCGGGAUAGAUUUCAACACACCAGCAAACCUCGUUGCCAUCCUUUCGAAAGCAAGGACCGUGAAACAUCUUUCAUUCACCAGCAACAGCAUGCGUUAUAGCUCUAAAAAUGUGAACAUUCCCGCCAUUCCCGCAAGUAUCCCGUUCCUCUUCCAGCUGAGAUCCCUUGGUUUCGCUGGUCAUGCUAUGCAUGUUCACGAGGUUUAUGUGCUGUCCAAGGCCCAUCCUAGCCGCAUCGAUCUCACUCAAGUUCGUGAAUUAUCAGUAGCGACUGAGAGCGUGGCUGGUAAUGACGCUGUGGACGCCCUGCAGAGUCUCUUGGAUACUAUUGGAAGCUCCUUGGAGCAUCUCACCCUUGGCUUAGUGAGUUCCCCAUCUAAAUCACUCUCCGUCGACUCCAACACCAACCUACGGUCCGUGCACGUCGUAUGCACCUCCCUGGAGAAACCGCAUCAUUUCCAUGAUAUCCCCUUUUCGAGUUCAGUACAGACACUGAUGGUGGACGUGGGACCCGGGUGGGACGACGACGUGUUCCUGGCCGUAAAUUGGCAGGAAUUUGACUCGCUUUUUGACUCGCGUGCGGAUUCAUUGACCAGGAUCGUUAUAAUGCUUCAUCGUCCCCACGAUAGAUGCGGAGAGCGGUUUUGUGGUGGUUAUCCGUCUAUCGAAGAUGAUCUGCUGGAACGUGUGGAAGCGCAGAUGCCCAAGUUGAUGGCGAGAGGGAUUCUCUGGGUCAAGGAGCGGAGAGUGCGGUAUACGUUUGGGCAUAGAUGGAUAAGAGAUCUCGCGUGAUCUUCCCACAGAUCUGAGAUAACUUCUGACGUACCCGUAGUAAACGGCACUUUGACGAAGGCAAUGUUUUGUCCAUUUACUAUCGAUGCAAGGAAGAUCAGUUGAAAAUUUUUCUAUGGACGCUGAGGCAUCGCCUGUCUGCUGUUUAGACGAUGAAGUGAAUAACUUUCUGCAGCUGCGAAAGGUCACGGACAUCACACGUUACAGCAUAUUCACAGCUUUCAACAGAGGUCUAAGGAAGAUGAAGAAGACUAGUAUGAUCGGGGCUUAGACCAGCAAGAACAGC